UCUCGCUAUAUGUAAUAUUUUAUAAGCCAGCAUUGAAGUCUCCACAACGAUGCGUGUCACUCGACAAGUGCGCGUGCACAGGUGCACGAGUUUUAGCACCGUGUGUCUUCCUGGGUAGCAGGAAAUAUUACGGUUCCAGAUUUUGCAAUUUUACGUUCAAGACCUUUUCUACCUCUCGGAGUAAGAAAGGUAUGAUUUAUGCUGUGCGCAUGCAUACAACGGUUCGCGUCUAGCGCUAACGUGACAUCAGCAGGAAAGUACACGGCACUUUUGUACUAGAAGAGAGCAGAUCUGAAAUAUAAAGCACCGUAACACAACUAUGGGAAUAGAAAAACUUGGCGGGAGACGAGGAAGAGAAAGAGGAGGGAGAAGAUUGGCCGGAACAACGAGGAAGCCGAAUAAUACCGGCGACGGCGAGGCGAUGGCGGCCGCUUGGCUCGUACGGGAAGAAGGAAGAUGAGGAACGGCCGAUGUACCUAGCUCUCGAGAUCUCGCGGACCGUCAGUCGCUGGUCAGCCGGCACGGAGGAAGGUCGUGGCAUUGUAUCUGCCUUCUGUUUCACUCUUCUUCAUUGCCAAUCGACAGAAACGUCGUUGCGCGUACAUCGCGUCCGCCUCGUGUGCACGUUUAAGAAGAUCCGCGAGCAAGCAGUGACAGAACAAUUUGUAAAACUCAUUUCUGGUUGCUUCUUAUUCUCGGAGAAGAGCAAAAUGAUUGCCAAUUAAUCGCACCUUCGAUGGUUGACGUUAUGAGCACACCACGAAUACGGAAUCGAUACGAGCUCGAAGACAGUAGCAACGAUAUCGAAGAAAUAGGAUCGACUGAGGAAAGUAGCGCGCACAAGUAUCUCUGAAGACCUGGGGAACAUACUCGCACUUUUAACGGUAUCUUCACGCAGCGAUACCCGGAUCGCAUUCCUUCGUCGCUUUUGAGGAAUACCGUGCAUGUGAUAGCGUUCCGCUCCAUCCCGAUAGAUCGAUUUACGAAAGCCGAAAGCUCUAAUCGAGGCUGCCGAGGCAGACCUGGACGUUAAACGCGUAAACUAGCGACUUGGCAGUUGAGUUUUAUCAGCAAGCGUAGCGGACGUUGCUUUUGCGAAGAUGAUAGCGCGAGGAACGCUUCGACAUGGAUAGACCCCGCGUGAACGUCGUCGCGAUGCAUCGUCGACGAGGAGUUUCGUAGAGCUGACGAGCGAUUAGUUUGGGUGAUUCAACUUGGAGAACGAAAGCGUUCGGUGAAUUUCUCGAAGAAUGACUUCCAUGUGCGGCAGCAACAAGGCACAUGCCACGAUGAACGCCGGUGGUUACUACAGACCCGGCCCUUAUGCUUAUCAAAGCGACUACUAUAUGCCGCCACGGUCAACCUGGUCCAGAGUAUCAGCGGCACGAACGAACGGUAACGCCACGUGGAAAUUUGGCAGUGCCAUAUUAAUUAUAUCGGCGAUGUUAGUGCUGAUUGCAGUGCUCGCGAUCGCUGGAUUAGCUUUGUGGAUGGGUGCUCUUCGAACGGAUUCUAAGAAUGCCAUCGUCGGGUUUUCGUGUAACUUCAGAAUAACCAGAGGUGAAAAGUAUAAUCCUAUGUUAAAACUGAACACAAGCAUGGUCUUCCGUGAGAAAGAGCGCAAAUUCAAAAAUAUUUUGGAGCUUCUAUUCAGGCGAAGCGUACUCGGCACGUCCUACAAACGAACGACGAUCGACAAAUUUGAGAAUGGGACCCUCAAGGUUUUCUUCAGACUGUAUCUCGAUCGGAGGAAGAUACCGCGCUCAAUUACGAAUGUAGAGGAUACUAUCCGCGACGUCAUCGUCAAAGAAACGUAUUCGACAUCGUCCUUAUUCAAGGACAUGGAGUUGGAUCUUGCGAGCGUGUCAGUGAAAAGAAUAACCCAGGAAAGUAUCGUCAGUUCGAAAGGAGGACAACAGAAACAUACGAUGAUCACCAAAAAUGGUCUGCUACGACCAAACAGAAACAGCAGUCUGAUCAUGAGCUUCAAACAGAAGGCGAGACCGAGCAAGACCGAUUCGAACGAACCUGACAUAGACUUUAACAACAUUCCGACCAUCCAGGGCACUUACAAAGCGACGAAAGUUAACGUCACCGUGGAAAAUUCAACGACUGGAGGAACAUCCGAGUUGACAACGGACAACAUUAAGGACGCCGUUCGAAGAGUGCCGUCGCGCGAACAAAGCACAACUUCAAAGAUCCUGGAUUUCGUGGGAUCUUCGACAACGAGCAAACCCUCGACCUUCCUCACGAGACCCACGGCAACGCUUGGAGAAGACAAAUGGAGCGAGAAAAGCGAGGAUGAAACGAAAAUGGUUACGUCGUCGACGAGCGCGACUACCCAAAGCGAUCAUCCAGACGUCUUUAAAGAUUUUCGCAAUCCCGACUUUGAGACUUCGCCAUGGAGGCCAAUCGUACCAGGAUACGUCAACACGGAGUUCAAGCUGCUGCCUGAUGAUAAUACGAAGGAGAAAAAUCGCGUAGAAUCGAGUACGCGGAGGACUAUCUCUUCAACAAACGAUCAUCGAAAUGACGCUGGCAUUGACGCGACAUCGUCAGCGGUUUUACCGGGAUUGCCGUUGCAAUCCGUGAACUUUGGCUCCGUAGUUGGAAUGAGUACCUUCGAUACGGAUAAUACCGACUUCCCGCGAGACAGAAUCGUUCCGGGCCUGACGGCGUUCAAACCAGAAGUCGCCGAGCGUCCGGACAUCGAGGUGGCUGGACAACUGCCACCGGAAACGUACAGCGUCAAGUUGAAAGCUUCAUCGAAGCGCGACGAUAACCACGACGAUGGAAAGACUAGUGAGAAUUUCUCAAAGAACGACGUCUUGCUUCAAGGACCGCCUAAAACGGAUUCAAACAUGACUCGAGGAACGCAAGAGAAGAUGGAAAAUUCACUGUCGACGGUGGAGCCUGGUGAUAGCGAACCGCAUCGCAGCGACAAUCACGAGAAAAUCACCAACGAAUCAACCGCGAGCGGUGUCGGCGUAGCGGAGCCCGUGCUGGAUCCGGAAGUCGAGUUGAACGCGCGCAAUCGGUACGGCAUUGGUAUCCUGGCAUCGGAUACGGUGGAGGACGAAGAGGAAAAGGAGGACACGGAGCUACGCGAUAGGAAGGUCGACGUGAAUCCUCAACGACCGGUUUACACCAGUUACAACACCCCCGAUUUGAAUGGCGACAACGGUGCUCACCGAUCAAGCCUGAUCAGCAACUCGGCAACUAUGAAGCCGUUCAGGCACACGAUACCCGUUGACAAGAUCGCCUCCGUUGUGAGUUACAGCGAGUCAUCCUUUUCGAAUAACGCGGCCACCGACAGGGACGAGUCGAGGUAUAAGAAUGUCCUUCAGAGUAACAGCUAUGGCUUUAUCAAUAAAAACGCGACGCUGUUACCGCCGGGAUCAGAGACGGUUGUCGAGACAGAAACUUUUGUUAUGGGGCACGAUACAACGCGGAACGGUGAGCAGACGAUGACCGAAUUGCCCAGUUAUGGGCAGAUUAUGUCACCGGAAUCGGACAUUGUGCCAACGGAUGUGAAUGAUGACAAAUUCUCGCGCCUUGAAGGCAAUGAAGAGGGUUCCUCGGAGUUGAAAUUGAUCGUCGAGAGUGUGGACAGCAGGAAAAGCGUAUCGCGGAACUCGACAUUUGUCGAGAUUGACACUGUCAAACACACGCCUGGUCAGUUGGACGAUCACUUGGGUGAGGUGCCGGCAGCAAUCGAUACUGGCGAUCAGCAACGGAAGAAGGUCUACAACGACACCUUGAAGGCCUACGUGGUGGAGAAUCUCGUGACGUUGGCGCCUGCCAAGAGCAACACAGGAAUCGGAAGACCAGUACGACCAAGGCCGAAGAGCGAUCUACCUACCGACGAAACGACUCUUCUUGAGCAGCUGUUUCGGCUGCGUGAUUACAUGGACGAAAGAGAGACGACGACCAUUAAACCCCUUGCUGAGCAUCUUCUAGCGGACGAGACUAUGCGGCCGGAAUCCGCGGAAUUGAGCGAAAAUGAAUCUUCAACUCGUAAGGGUAGCGCGGUAGUGCAACAGAUCAUCGAAGUCGUGACUUCUGUCAGCACGAAGGUCUCAUCGAGCAUGAAGGGCGAUCCGAUUGUCUUGAAACUCAUCGCUGCCAAUUCUACCACGUCUCCCAUCAUCCGCGCAGACCACGAAGAGGACAGAUCGCUCGCGGAGACCGGCGACAUGACGAAGACGGUGUUCUCGUGGACUCGGGAGCGACCUUCCUUGGCAUCGGCAGACUUGAGAAUCAUGCAGACCGCGUCGGAGGAGAAUCCAAUUCUGUUGGAGAAGCUUAAGCAGCUCGCGCAGAUCAGAACAGAUGAUGAUUCCGCAAGGAUCGCGAGAAAUGGCUCAAACUCCUCGACAUUGCAAACCGAGAGUUCCAACGUAUCAUCGCUGAACAUUGAUGAGUUGAGGAAGAUCGCCGAUGUAGUCACCGGGAAUGAGACUUUGAAGAACGCGAGUCUUGAGUUCACAUUGAGUCGCGACGGAGUCAAGAUAUUCACGAAAGUGCUAAACAAGGCGGAGAAUCGAACUAUGGAUGAACUAAUUCGAAACGUCAAUGAGCCUCCCUCGAAUGAUAAUUGCACCGGUUAUCGAUGCAGAGACGGGAAAUGUUUGGAUUCCAGUGCGAUGUGCAAUAUGUUGGUGGAAUGUGCCGAUUCGGAGGACGAGAUCAAUUGCACGUGUGCCGAUUUCCUCAAGGCGCAGCUACUGUACGAGAAGAUGUGCGACGGUAUCGUCGAUUGUUCGGAUUACUCAGAUGAGAGUGAUUGUGAUUGGUGUAAGAAGGGCCAAUUUGUAUGCGGUAAUAGCAAAUCCUGCAUUGAUCAAGACAAGGUGUGCAACGGGUUCAGCGAUUGUCCAGGCGACGAGGACGAGAAAAAGUGCACAGCUCUCAUAGACAACGAACAGGAAGAAAUUAUCUCUGAAUCGCACACUGAUCUUGCCUCAACGGACCAUCUUUCGGCAGGAAAUAACUACUCCGAAUCAGGGAGAACAGCUGAAGAACUUCACCUUGACCAGGAAGCAGUUGAAUCAUCCAUUAUAGACGCGACUACGUUGUACGCUCUUCCCGAUGAUUUGCGAUCUGAGCUGAACGACAAGAACAACCUGUUGCGACAGAUUGACGAAGAAUUCGCUCGGAGGAAAGAUGCGGACAAGAGCGAAACGGUCGCCGUUUCCAGCAGGGAGAUAUCUUCAAGCGUUUUUAAGAAUGCUUUAACUAAGAACAAUCCGCACUCUCGCAAGGAGAUCGAAAGUUAUAAUUAUAACAGUAAGGGGUAUCUCAGCGUACGUAAGAAUGGAAAAUGGGGCAAACUUUGUCUAAGCGACCCUUCGCAAGGAAGACAAGGACGAAACGCGUGGUCCAUCGAGGAUCUCGCUAAGGCUGCCUGCAAGGCCAUCACAUAUCAAGAUUAUGAAGCGGUGGAAAAAGUUCCGGAUCAGAACCCACCGCCAAACCGUUUCUAUUACACCUUGUCGAAUGACAAUCAAUCAGAUGAAUCCUUGUCUUUCGAAUCAUCUGAGUGCCCGAGCGGCGAUAUUCUUAAAGUGCGAUGCAAAAACAUCGAAUGUGGAAUAAGGACACAAGGGACCUCAACAGCGAGGAUCGUCGGGGGUGCUAGUAGUUCCGUGGGCAGCUGGCCGUGGCAAGUUGCUGUAUAUAAGAAUGGUGACUAUCAAUGCGGGGGUGCUCUCAUCAACGAACGAUGGAUCGCAUCAGCUGCACAUUGCUUUUAUCACGCGCAAGACGAUUACUGGGUCGCCAGGAUUGGCGCAACUCGCCGAGGAAGCUUCCACAGUCCGUACGAGCAGCUCUUACGAUUAGAUCACAUAUCGCUACAUCCGGACUACAUUGACAACGGAUUCGUUAAUGACAUAGCAGUCUUGAGGCUCGAAAGAGCUGUCACCUUUACCGAUUACGUGAGACCAGUAUGUCUUCCUACGUCGCCGGUGGUGCAAACUGGGACCGUUUGCGUUGUAACAGGAUGGGGACAAUUAUACGAGAUCGGCAGGGUAUUCCCUGACACUCUGCAAGAGGUGCAAUUGCCGGUGAUAUCAACGGAAGAUUGCUGGCGGAAAACUCUGUUCCUACCAUUGUACAGGAUAACGUCGGCCAUGUUAUGUGCAGGCUUGGAGAACGGCACAAAGGACGCUUGUCUGGGAGAUAGUGGCGGUCCUUUGGUUUGCUUAUCCGAGAAUCGUUACGUGCUGCAAGGUAUCACAUCUAAUGGGUACGGAUGUGGAAGGCGUGAACGACCCGGCGUGUACACGAAGAUUUAUCACUUUCUUGAUUACAUCGAUCGCAUCAUCACGCGGAAAGACAUCCAGCCAUCCCCGGUGGCAUUCUGUAAGGGCCACAGGUGUCCUCUCGGCGAAUGUCUACCUAAAUCUCGCGUCUGUAACGGUUUUCUCGAAUGCUCGGAUGGCAGCGACGAGCGAGAUUGUCCCACAGUUUCGCAAUAAAGUAUAAGACUGACGGCGACGAAAAAUGCAAAUGCGAUUCAUUUAAUUCACGAUGACAUUAAGAAAUAUUAUUCCGUUGACGCGUGAUGGUACGUAAAAAAAAAACAUACAUCACACUGUUACGUUCAAGUUUUAGUUUCUAAAAUAAAAAUAAUCUUCUAUUGUUCGUGCAAAGAUAAGAAAUGAAAUUCCAAUUACAUGUUAUAAAAAUCUUCAUAAUAUAAUUAUAGCGCUUUUUAUGAAAUAAGCACCGGUAAGCCGCAAAAGUGAGUCGCGAAAGAUGUGAUAGAACUAUUCUAUAUACACAAGUAUAACACAUUAGAGAAGUAUAUUUGCUGAUUAUGUGUAUCAAUAGCAUAUAGAAUUAAAAAGUAUAUUAAGUGAUACGCGUAGAAUAUAUCAAGUAUAUCGAAGUCUCGAUGGAGACUAUCGCGAUAUAUCAUUCUUUCGAUUAUUCCGCAAGUAUCCCGAGGAGAAGUGUCUUUCUGUUUUUAGACUAUGCGUACAAACAUCGAGAAUAGCAGGACAAAAUCGAGCAUUUUAAUUCUCUUUAUUUUACUUUAUCAGCUUGUUUAUUUGCUGAAACACGUCUUUCGUGAAUCUCGAUAUUAUACAAAAUCAGUUAUUUCAGCCCCUGUGAAAUCAUUUCCAGAUGGAUUGAGAUUAAAUCCUCGACUCGAGACUCGCGUUACUUCACUUUUAAAUAUAAAUUUUUCAACAUAUUAUGUGAUAUUGAAAAAAUAACGAAAAGUUUCACCGAACGAACGAAAGAAGUCUAGUCUACUACGAGGCAGGAAGACAAUACUUGUCCUCAAUAAUUGAUGUAUAUACUUAACGCGGAAUUAUAUUCAGUGCAGAUAAAAAGGAACUUGUGAGAUUACGUGAUGAGAAUAUAAAUAUAUAUUCUUUUUGUAGAAA